AUGGCCGGGGGCUCUGUUUCCGAGUGUAAGGAGUACUUGUUUAAAGUGCUUGUCAUCGGGGAGUUAGGCGUGGGCAAAACCAGCAUCAUUAAGCGCUACGUGCACCAGCUCUUCUCUCAGCACUACAGAGCCACUAUUGGAGUUGACUUUGCGCUCAAAGUCAUAAACUGGGACAGCAAGACCCUUGUGAGGUUACAACUCUGGGAUAUAGCAGGUCAGGAGCGGUUCGGGAACAUGACUAGAGUUUACUACAAAGAGGCUGUGGGUGCGUUUGUGGUCUUUGACAUGACCAGAGGCUCCACCUUCGAGGCUGUGUCGAAAUGGAAGCAUGAUUUGGACAGCAAAGUGAAACUGGCCAAUGGAAAUCCUAUCCCAUCUGUGCUGCUGGCCAACAAGUGCGACCAGAAGAAGGACAGCACCAGCAACGCGGCGCUAAUGGACAAUUUCUGCAAAGAGACGGGGUUCCAGGGCUGGUUCGAGACUUCUGCCAAGGACAACAUUAACGUGGAUGAAGCGGCCCGUUUUCUAGUGGAGAACAUAUUGGCCAAUGACAAAGGCUUGCCGUACGAGGAGAGCAACGGAGACCGGAUUAAACUGGACCAGGAGACUGUGGCGGCCGAGAGCAAAUCGGGCUGCUGUUGA